UAUUUUUAUAAGUCGACAACGGUCAAACGUUUUGUAGUGAACGAUUUGAGCACAUGGGUUUGAAAUGUAGUGUAUAUCGAAUAAACUUGUAGAUUGUCCAACAAUUAAUAAUCGAUUUGCUUUUUAUCGUCAAUUACUAAACAACUAAUUGUUGGUCAGAUUUUUAAUGAAAUGAGUAAAGCAAUAGAAGAUGAUGAGCGUAGAAGACGCUCUUUGGAGGCGGGUAGAGAAAUGUUGGAAAAAUAUAAGGCAGAAAAGGCUAACAAAGUUCAAGGUACAAAUUAUAAUCAGAGGGAUGAAAUAUCUGACGAAGAAUCUUUCCAAAAUGACAAAUCUAUUGGACAUAGGGAAUCUUACGUACAUGAAGGAGUUUCUUCAAGAGAUGUGACACAAAGUAGUGUCAGUAUGAGUGAAGGAGAAGCGGAUGGAGAUUUAGAAGGUCUUGCAGGAAGAGUGGCUCAAUUAGAAGAAUUAUUACAAGGAAAAGAAGCCAUAGUAGAAGCUUUAAAUGCAGAAAUAGAUCAUUUGAGAGCAGAAGCAUCAUCUCCAAAUUCUUCUCAAAGCCAGAAUAGUAGUAUACCUAGCAGAGAUGUUAUACCUUUGUAUCAUACAAAAUUACAAGAAUUUGAAAAAGCAGUGAAUCAAAGAGAUAACCUAAUAGAAGAAUUAAUGUGGUCUUUACAACAAGCAAUAUCUGCAAGAGAUAAUUUUGCUAGUCAAUUGAAUGCUUUGAAUGCAAUGGAGAUACCUUGUAAAGAUAAUACUAAUUCUAUGAAUAAUAAAAGCUUACAAGAAAAGAUUGAUACUUUAGAAAAAACUCUAAAUGAUCAAAGAUCAAUGAUACAGAAAUUAAAUAGUCAGUUGGCUCAAAACUUAGAGCAUGUACAAACACUUGAAAUGGAGAAAGAAACUAGAGUUGCAGAAAUCAAUGAUUAUAAGUUACAAAUUAAUAAUUUAAAUGAACAAAUUCGUGUAAGUGCUGCUGAUAAAAAUUUAAAUAUUACUGAGACUUUAGAGCAACAGAAACAAUAUGAAGCACGUGUAGAUAAAAUAAAGCAAGAUAUGCAACACAUAUUAAAGAAAUUCACAACUGAAACAAAUAUAAAUACUACACGUCAUCAGCAGGAAUUGAAAGAUCUAGCUGCUAAACAUGAAAAGGAAAUAAUAAAUAUUCAAGAUAAGUAUGAAGAAGAAAUAAAACAGAUGAAGGAAGAGAAUAAAAUUCUAGCUGAUCGUUUAAACAAGGAGCUGCCAGAUUUGGAUACUAGACAUGCCAAAGAACUUUCCAUUUUUCAAACACAGUUGACUCAUUAUAAAAAAACUGUAGAAGCUUUGAAACUUGAAUUAAUGAAUCGUUCAGAAUCUCAACAAAUUGCCCAAACUGAAUUAAAUGAAUAUAAGUCGAAGUUUAAUGAGUUUAAAGUACAAUCAGAAAGAGCUCGACAUAUUUUAAAUCUAGAAAAUCAAAAAGAAAAAGAGAUGCUAAGCGAACAGAUUAAGUUACAUAAACUUCAAUUAGAAGAGAUUACUUCAAAAUAUAUUGCAGUGACUGCAAUUCUUGAAUCAAAAGAAAGUAUUGAACGUUCUUUAGAACAGGCUUUAUCAAAUGCUGCUAUAUUAAAAGAAGAAAAUGAAAGUUUAAAAUUUAAGCUUGAUGAUCUCUCAUCAAGAUACUCAGCAGCACAAUCAUUAAUAGAAAACAGCCAAACUCAUGAAAAAACUUUGAGUAAUAGGAUACAUGAUUUAGAAAAAUCAUUAUCUAGACUUAGUGGUAUAAAUAUGAGUACUUUGAGUGAAUUAAAUGAAACCACAUAUCAGACUUUCGAUGAAGUGGCAGUUCAAUAUCAAUUAACAAAACAAAAACUCGAGGAGAAAGCAGAAUUAGAAAAACUUCUAAUUCAGAGAAUUGAAGGUCUUGAAGAGGAUAUUCGCAAGUCAAAAGAGGAAUUGGAGCAAACAGAUUUAAUUAAGAAAUCAUAUGAGAAACAACUUAAAGAUAUGAAAAAUGUGUGUGAUAAAUAUAAAUCUGAAUUGAUUUCCUUGAAAAAAAAUGAGCUAGAUGAUCAGAGUUCCUUACUAUUAGAAGAGGAAUUGAAGUUAUCUAAUCAGAAUAUGAAAGAUACUGUUAAUGAUUUGUUACUUAAAAUUGAAGAGGAUCAACAAGAGAUUAAGAAAUUUAAAAUAAUUCUUGAACAAAAAGAAACAGAGUUUGCAGAGUGUAUAAAGAAAAUGUAUGAUUUAACAGAUAAAUUGAAAAAAUCUGAACAAGAACGUGAACAAUUGAAAAAUGGAUUGGCCACAGCAUGGGCUCAAUGUGCAGAGGUAGAGGAGAAAUUGAAUCAAACCUUAGCUUUAAAUGACAGUAAAUUAGAUAUCUCUGUGCCAUCAUCCAGUUAUAAUAGUGCCUUGAUGAAGCAAUAUAAAUUAGAUAGAAUUGUUGAUGAUUCUGUUAGUAUGAUGCAUGAUCAAAGUUUAGAUAAAAAUAAAACUUUAUCCGAGAAAAAUGAAAAUCUUGAUAAUAGUAAUAAAAGAAUAUCAUUGCAAGGAAAAUUAACAUUUGUACUAGAAGAAAAUGAACGAUUACGAAAAGAAUUAGAACAUUUAAGCCAACAAACAGAUUAUGAAGAAAUUAAAAGCAAAUUGAAAUAUUAUAUUAGUCUUUCAGAAAAUCUUACCACAGAAAAGGAACAAAAAAUGGAAGAAAAUAAAGUUUUGAAAAAGAAAUUAGACAAUAUAUAUUUAUUAAAAGAAUCUAUAAAUCAAUUAAGAUCAGAAAAGGAAAUUUUACGCAAAGAAAUUGAAACAUUGAUUCACGUUCAUGAUGAACAAAUAAAUGCUAUAAAAACUGAAACUACAUCUGAAAUUAGAAAAGUACAAUCAUUGAUGUUAGGCUUAAAAGAAGGCACAACAGAAUUAAAUGAUCUUAAAAUCGAAUUGGAAAGGCGACACGCAAAAGAGAUGGAAGAAUUGCGCAUGUAUUUCGAACAAAAAUGUUUAUUAAUGGAAAAACAAUAUUCUGAAGAAAUAUUUAGUCAGCAAUCCAAAAAAAUGUCAGAUAAUGAUAGUGAAAUUGCUGAUAUAACUGAAGAUUUAUAUUUCGGAGGUGCAGGCGAUUGUUUGAAUGUUUCUAAUAUAUCUGAACAUAAUUCAAGACUUGGUUCUCCAAUUGGAGAUGAACAAUCUAAAUAUUCUAAUAGAAAUUUUAAUACUUACAAUAAAUCUGAACUAGAAUAUGAAAUAAAAACUUUACAACAAGAAUUGCAAAACAAAAUAAUAGAGGGACAAGAAAUGAAAUUAAAUUAUGAAAAAGCUUUGGAAGAUCAGAAAAAUAUAUAUGAAAAAGAACUGUACAAUAAUAAAGAAAGGAAACAUAGAUUUUUAAAAAAUAUGGUGAAUCAGCAUUGUCAAACAGAAUGGGAUGCGGGUGCAUUGGAAAACGGUGAAUUAACGCAACUGCGAGCAGCCUACAACCAUCAAUUGGAAGAACAAGUUGCGCUAGCUAAAUUGGAUAUUAUUAAUGCACUUCAAGAACAAAUUCAGGUACUUUUAACGAUCGAGUCGGAUGUAGAAGACAAUUGGCCAAUAGAAUUAUUAGAAUUACGAGAUAAACUAACUGGUAAUGUAAAAAAAGAAAUGCAACUGCUCAAAAAUACACAUAUUGAAGAAAUGCAACAUUUAAAAGAAGAGCAUUCUCGAACUAUAACUAGGAUGAUUGAUUGUCAUCGAGAAGAACUUAAUAAAAUUAAAUCAGAAUAUUUCCAAAAUUAUUGUGGUGAUAGAAGCUUGUUAAUAGAUAAUAAGAUUUUUGAAGAAAGAAAUAAUUUAACUAAAACAUGCGCCACUCUUAAAACUUUAAUUGAAGAAUUGAUAAAAUACUUUAUUGUUUGUGAAGAAGAAAUUAAUAACACUCUUUUUACUGAAAUUACUAAAAAGCAAUUAUCUGAUAGUGUUAAUAAUGAAAAAAUCAUGCAACUUGAGGGUGCAACUGAUGAAACUGAGGGAUUGAAAUGUAAAGAAUUAAAAAUGAGUUCAAAAAAGGACACAUUGAAUUUAUCUGAGAUGAUUGUUCGAAAGGUGCAUUUUGCUCCAAAAACUACAGAAAUAAUUUCAAUAAUAAACAGUAAUGUUGAAACUUUACCAACUAUUCUAGAAGAAGAUGAUAAUAUAACAGAAAAAUUAAAACAAGAAUUAAACAAUUGCAUACUUCGUUUGAAAUCUGAGAGUGCUGAAAUUCUUAAUACUUCAUCGAUUGAAGAAAAAUUAUCUUCGAAAGAUUUUUGGUUGAAUAAAAUGAAUGAAGAACUAAAUUUGAAGCUUCAUCACGCUGAAACUUUAAUUAUGGGUUACCAAGAAGAAAUUGAUCAUCAAAAAAUGACUAUUUUCGAUCUUCAAAGAAAGCUAGUUAAUGCAGAGAAUAAAAAAGAAACAAUCACAGAAGGUUAUGGGGAAAAUUAUGAUGUGGGUAUUGAUACCACAUUACAAGACUUUUCACAAUUACAAGAGAAAGUCAGACAUGUAUUAUCAAAUGGAGGAGGAGAUUGUACAGAAUUGUUACAAUUGAUAGAUGAACUAUCUAGACAGAGUGAUAAAUUGAUGGAAGAAGCUAAAAAAGAAAAGGAAGAUUUACAACAACAGCAGGUGCCUUUAGAACCUACUCCUACCCCAUACAUUCACAGGGUUUGCCACCGAAAGAUCGAGGCAGCAGAUAAACAAUUAAAAGCAACCCGUAAAUUUUUGGAUGAACAAGCAAGUGAAAGAGAAGCAGAGAGAGAUGAAGCUGCAAAACAAAUACAUAUUCUACAGGAACAACUUAAAGAGCGUGAACGAGAGAAGGAAAGAGAUCAACGUAUCACAUCUGAACAGUCCACAUUAUCACCUGAAGCAACAUCAGACAUCCCUACGCUUCAAGCAUCUGACAUCGAUGCAACUGUAGAAGUUCUGGAAUCUCAAAUGAGAGAGAUGUCCUCUCUUAUGUCUGAUACAGAAGCAAAAAAAAAUGAAACUGAGAGUGAACUCAAAGCAGCUAUUGACAAAAUUUGGGUACUUAGAGAGAUUAUCACAGACUUAGAACAACAGUUACAAAUUAAAACUGAGAAAGAAGAAUCUCUGCAAUUACAAAUCAAUCAAUUAGAGACUGUGAUUGCUGCACAGACUAAAAAUCAGCAUGAAUUAGUUCAAGAAUUGGAUGCUGUUAAAAUGGGUAGUGAAAGCAAACAACUGAAUGAACACAUUAUUCACUUACAGGAGGAAUUAAGAAAACAUAAAUUAAGUUCUGAACAAUUCAAUGUAAAUUCUGCUGCAUUGAAACAAAUGAAAACGGAACUUCGUGAUAUGCAAAAUCAAUUAGAUAAAAGAAUUAAAGAAUUAGAAUCUGCGCACAUGUGCAGUUCUAAUUUAAGUUUAAGCCAACCAAGUGAAGAUGUAUCUAUCAGAGAUCAAAUAGAUGCCACACGGUGUCCCACACCAGAUGAUCCCACUGCUCCACCUAUGUUACCUCUUGAUCAACUUUUAAAACUUAAAGAGAAAAUGUUAAAACACGCUAGAGCCGAAGAAGUAGCUUUCAAAAGAAUCAAAGACUUAGAAUUGCAAGUGACGGCACUUAGAAAUCAAAAUGAAGAAUUACAAGCAGAACAAGAAAUUCUUCAACAAACAGCUUCUGAACAAUUAUUCCAAAUACAAUCAAUGCGUGGUAGAUUGGAACAGCAUAAGCAAAGUGCUCCAUUUGCUCAAAGACAAGCAACAUCUCGUUUAGAAUUACAACUUCAUGAAGCUAAUACAAAAUUUCAAUCUUUGGAACGAACCAUUGCUGAUAAAGAUUUAGAAUUAAAGGAUAUGAAGAAUCAAUUAGAUAGAGUUAACCAAUUAUUACAAGAAAAACAAGCAGAGAUUGCAAAUGUGGUACAAGUAGAAAGUGUUACAAUUCAAAAGUUGAAAGAACAUCUGGAAGUAGUAGAAGAAGAAAAAAAAAUUCUCCAGGCGAAAGUUGGCGUUCAAGAACAUGCUCAAUUGGAAUUACCAAAACUAAUAGAUAGUAUGUUAGCAGAUAAAAACGAGGAAAUAGAUCAUUUGAAAGAACAAUUAUCCAAAAAAGAAAAGCAACUUGAAAUGUAUUCUUCGCUAAAUCUAGAUGAAACGCAAUUAAGAGAAUUAGCACGUCAAACAGAGGCAAAGAACAGUGCACGUACAUUAAGUGAUAUAUUAUCAAUUCACUCGGAAUGUGAAGAGACUACAGAAGCUAUUAGAGGAAUUAAUACAACUCAAAACUUACCUAAUGUAUCUACUUUUAAAGUUCCAUUUACUCUCAAAAAUAUAGAUGAUUCAAUUGUGCCUUUGAUGGACAAUGCUAAAAUGGUUCAUCCUCAAGUUCCUCCUUUGGAUCUUGGUUCUCAGAGCUUAUCUGCAACUUCUAGUCAACAAUCUGGAAUGUUAGAUUUGUUACACAGUGGCUUAGAAUUAAAGACUUCCUCAUCAGAAAAUAAUCUUUCCAAUGACAAAACUGAUUAUGUUAUCCAGUCAAGACAACAAUACAUUCAAGUGCAGAAAUCUCCAGAAAAACAUAUCGAUGAGAAAAAUGAUAGUAAUAGUAAUAAAUCUUGUGUUCAAACAUCAAUAAAAUAUACUCAAACAUCCAUUAAUGAAACUUUAAAUGAAAUGGAGAAGUUAGAAAAUCAAUUGCAGAUAAUGAAAGAGGAAUUAAAUACAAAAUCAGCAAUUUUAAAUAAAAAAGAAAAUGAUUUAAUUACUUUACAGAAACAUUAUGAUGAAUUACAAACAGAAUUCAAAGAUGUAAUAGAAACACUUUCUAGAGACAAAUAUUUCUAUCAAAAUCAAUAUGAAUUAUCACGAGUAUCAGAGAAUAAAAUAAAGAAAGAUCUUCAAGAAAUAGAAAAUGUUUUGAAAUUAAAAGAUGAAGAAAUACAAGAUCAUAAGAAUAAAAUGCAAAUGAAUGAAAGAAUUAUAAUGGAGCUGAAUUCAGAAAAUAUUAAAUUGAAGAAAAAUAUAGAAGAGAAGGAACAAGAGUUAGAACAAGCACGGAAAUAUACUACUUUGCUUCAUGAGAAGAUAAAAGAAAUGCAAAAUUUUAGAGAUAUGAUUCUCGAUAAAGAUAUUACCAUUGAAACAAUUCAAACUCGCAAUAUUGAGAUCGAAAAUGAAAACAAACAAUUAUACGAAUUUAAAACCAAAUAUCAAUCGAUUAAACAAGAAUUAUUAGAAUGUCAAAACGAAAUUCAGAGAUUGACUGAAGGUCUAAACAAUAGAGAUCAGAUCAUUAGAAGAUUAGAAGAAAUGGCUAGACGCACUAACGUGUCGGAAACAUCAUCACCUUCUAAUGAAAAGGAUCAAGAAAUUCAUCAUUUGCAGGAAUAUUUAAAAGAAAAAGAUAAAAUGAUAAGACAAAUGAAUGAUGAUGGAAAGAAUUUACACAAAGCUUUAGAAAUUAUACAAAAUAAAAUGAAAGAAUCUGGAAAUGUAGUAGAAUUGAGAAAAAAGUUGAAGGAUGAAAAGAAGUUAACUGCUGAGUUAAGAGAUAUGAUGGACAAAAUGAGCAAAGAGUUGUCUGAUUUAAAAUUAAUUGCGCAACGAUCACAGGAUGAUACUGAUAUUGAAGACAUGGUACAAAGAGAAUUAAAUUUAUCAGUUCAUUUAGACAAGCAGAUCAUGAAUGCCAUAGAAAGUGAUACAAAGACACAUAAAACUGAAUGUGAAAAACAACAUAAUUCUGCUCCUUAUCAGGAUAUGGAAUUAAAAUUAAAACUAAUUCAAGCUAACAAAAUCAAUGAAGAAUUGAAAAAAUUAAAAGACGAUUUGGAAAUUGAAAGAGAAAUGCUUAAAUGUCAGAUAGCAGAAUAUGAAAAUCGUAUCUUCCAGCUUAAAUCAGAUUUGACAGAAGAAUCAAAGAAAGUUGUGAAAUUAGAUGAUGAAUUAUCUUCUGAGAAAAAAUUGAUGAGAAUGUUAAAGAUUGAAAUUGAAAAAGAACAUAGAACAAUGCAAAUUGAACAUAUCCGGAAUUCAGAAUUAAUAGAUUUCCUUCAAAAUAAACAAAAAAAUUCUUUAGAUAAUGAGGCAAAGCUUAAAAAUGAAUUGAACUUGCUACAACAGGAAUACAAAAAUUUAGAGAUGCAAUUGAGUUUGAUGAAAGAACAUGUACAAUCCCAAAAAGCCGAUGAUUUACCGAAAUUAACAGAUCUUUUGGAAAAUGAAAGAAAGAAAUAUUUAUUACUAAUGGAAAAUUUUGAAAAAGAAGAAAAAAAUAAUGUAGAGCUCAAAGAUAUUUUGAAAAAAUUACAGAUGGAGAAGAAUCGCAUUGAGAAACAACUUGAAGUAGAGGAAGAAAAAAGAGAGAAUUUAAUAAGUAAUUUGAUUUUAAUAGAGGGAACCAAAGAUCAUUUGCAAACUGAUCUCAGGCGUACCAAAGAAGAACUAAAAGCGAAAGAAGAAGAAUGUGAAUGGUUACAGAAAAGAAUCAAGACCAUGUCUGAUGCAGAAACUAGAAGACAGGAAAGAAGUACUUCUGAACAUAAUGAUCUUAAAGCUUCGAGAAGAGAAAUUAAUAAUGCUAGAGAAGUAAUAAUGGAUCUAGAAGCCGAUAUGAAGCAAUUAAAAAGAGAAUUGACAGAAUCCCUUGAACGUGAAGUAAAAUUAACUGAAACUGUGGAAACUCUUAAAGAAAGAGAAAGUGAUCUAAUUAAAAAACUAACUACUGCCAAAGAUGAGGAAAAAAAUUUUAAAGAUAUGAUCACUGAGUUACAGCAAGAUAUAAAAACAUACACGAUAAGAGAAUUAGAAAUAACGAAAGAAUUGAAAAAUAGGUUCUCAAACGAAAAUGUUCCUGCUAAAUUCUUACAGAAGAUUGAAGAUCUUACGAAUAUCAACGAAAAAUAUUUGACAGAGAAAAGUAUUCUUCAGGAGAAAUUAAUGAAAGCAAGGGAAGAAAAAGAGCAAUUGAAUCAACGAAUUAAAUUACUUGAAGGUCAAGUGAAACGAAGUAAAGUACCUCAAGAUUUGAACACUCGAGAACAUACAGAAAAAUUGCAACAUUUUUAUGGAAAAUUUUUGCGAGCAGAUAGCAGACGAAAGGCUCUAGCUUAUCAGAAACGCUAUUUGUUAUCUAUUGUUGGUGGCUAUCAAUUGUCUGAAGAAAAUACUUUAUCUGUACUUGCUCAAUUGACUAAAGUGCAACGAUCCUAUGCAGUAAUAGGCCGCAAUAAGAAAUCGCCAAAAGUACGUUUUAGGAGUGCAAUACUUGUUGUGAUUAGUAUUUGUAGAAUGAAAUGGUUAAUUGUGAGAUGGAAUACUGGCAAACGAAUAGGUGUAAAAACAUUAUUAUGGAACAUAGAUCAAUCUUUUUUACCAAUUCAGAAAACCGCUAUGAAUCAUUCGCCUCCUGUUCGAGAUAAAAACACUUCAAACGGGGAUGGUGGUUUCGAUGGGUUUACACUUGAACAGUAUUAUCAACGUUUGAAAAAUAUUCAACAGAAAUUGGGUUUAGCCAUGGCAGAAACUGGAAAUCUUCAAAUUAUUCCAGAAUAGUAUUAUGUUUUGUAUCUAAUUUUUCUAAUUAUUAUAGACUGUGAUUUAAAUAUCACAUCAUUGUUUUGUGAAUGCGGUUAUUAUUGUAUAAACCGCAUGGGAUUGCUGUUUUCGGUUGUAUUAUCAACCAAAAACGUUCAAAACUGGGCAUUUUUAUUGGAAAACAUGUUGUUGAAAGUUUAACUGUAUUUUUUCUACAAAAUGUAUAUAGAACUGUAGUAUAGAAAUUAUCAUUUGUCGAACACGCGUUAAUCUACAUUAUUAGAUAAUGAUAUAUUGUGUGCUAUAAUUUCAAUACUAUUAAUAUUUUUAACAAAUUGAACAAAAUUAUGUUAUAUUAGCGUUUAUAUAUUGUGUUUUACCAAAGUUACUGAUAAUAGAUAAUGGAUAAAGAAAUAUUGUUCUUAUAUAUACAUUGUUAUUAUAAGAAUACAAAUUUGUGCCUUGUACAUUGUAAUAAGUAUUCUAAUAUUUAUUUAUUAAAAAUCUGUAUGUUUUUGUAUUGUGAAUAAAAUAUAAAAUGUC